AAAGCUGCUUUCGCUCCAAAACAGUUGAAACUGAAAUAGUCUGUACGAAAAUGUUACGGCUAGUCCAGCACAGUCGCCGUUGUGCUUCGCAGUUCAAAAUCCUUGGUCGGCAACCCAACCCAGUUUCAUCCCCCCAUCAUUUCACCACAACCACAAGUGGCUCGCAACCCACCCGACUCGCCUCACCCCCGCCGAUCCAAGUUGGGUUCACCGAGUUCUCCGGCCGAGGGGUGUUUGCCACUCGUAGUAUCGGGGCUGGCGAACUGAUCCAUACGGCCAAACCCAUUGUAUCUCACCCUUCUCUAUCUUCUCUCCAUAGUGUCUGCUAUUUCUGCCUCAGAAAGCUCCGGAACCAGAACCAAUCUCCAGCUCAAAAUGUCUCAUUUUGCAGCGAACAAUGCAGGGAACAGUCCCGAGUCUUUUUUGAGGUUGAAAAGAAAUCUGAUUGGUCAGCUUUUCAUGAGUAUUGCAGCACACAAGGUCUAAAAUAUCCACUUUUGGUUAAGCGGCUGGCUUGCAUGAUAAUAUCAGGUGUUACCUCUGCUGAUGCCCUUGACAUACUUCAACCAACUACUCUCUCUUCAAGUAUGAUUGCCCUGAUGGAAAAGGAACUUCACUUGCUAAGAAGCACUUUUGCAGAUGCACAAAUAUCAGAUGAGCAGAUGGCAUUUCUAACCAGCCAGUGGUACACUGGUGUACUGGCACGAAUUCGUAUCAAUGCCUUCCGCAUUGAAUUGGCUGGAGAAUCAUAUGAAGAUCUACUUUCAGCAGCAGCAGCACUGAUACAAGCAGAGGCUGCUGUUGGAAAUGCUAUUUAUUUGCUACCAUCCUUGUACAAUCAUGACUGUGAUCCUAAUACACAUAUUGUGUGGGUACAAAAUGUAGAUGCAAAAUUAAAGGCACUUCGUGACAUUGAAGCAGGUGAAGAGUUGCGGAUUUGCUACAUUGAUGCAAGUAUGGACCAUAAUGCUAGACAGACUCUCCUAUAUGAAGGAUUUGGCUUCAAAUGCAGGUGUUCACGGUGCAUGUCGGAUGAGUAAGCAACUUUCAUGCAUGUCUGAUUGGGGUUCUCAAAAUACUUAAUAUUUAUUUUGAAGUAUAAUUAACAAUUUAGAAUUCUCGUUUUAAAAAUUUUCCAUCCUCAUCUUUAAUCACCUUAAUUCCAUGAA